AAUCAACAUUGCCCGUCUUCGCCGAACUUCAUCAAUACCCAAUCCUCAAUCCACCAUUUAACCCUGGAAAUAUCAACAACUGAUAUCCGGUCAUGUCUGCCGACGACCAGCAGUUCUUGGACUUGCUCUCGUCCAUCCCCAACCAGAUCCGGCGAUACUCCGGAGAGGUUGCCGACUAUGUCGACAAGACAGUAGACAAAGUUGCGGAUGAGAUCAGGGAUACUCUAUCGUCAGCGGAAUGGGUGCCCGAAUACGUGCGACCAAAACCUACUGCUCGACCACCGCCCGCCGAGAUCAUACCGAUGACCACAUACGAGAGUAUACAAAAUUGGAUCUCUCGCCAUAAGAUACUUUGCGGCGUAGUGGUGGUUACUGCUGGAUAUAUAACAUACAGAACAAUACGAUAUACUAAGCAGCUCCGUAAACCUCGUCGGGCGAGGCGUGCUCGAAAUGGUGGAAGACUCGAGGUCGUCGUCAUCGCCGGAUCGCCAACGUUACCGCUGACCAAGGCUUUAUCCUUGGAUUUAGAGAGGAGGGGCUUCAUCGUAUAUAUUGUUUGCAGUACUAUCGAAGACGAAGUCACUGUGCAGAGCCUCUCACGAUCCGACAUUAGACCCUUGGGUAUCGAUAUAACUGAUCCUCCGAAUGCUGGUCAUGCUAUCGAACGGUUCGCCGCCUAUCUCCAAACCCCGCAUGCCGCGGUCCCGCGAGCGAAGCCGACCUAUCUAGUGUUGAAGGCGGUUAUCCUGAUCCCCUCGCUCAACUACCAGACCUCCCCUAUCGCUACGAUUCCUCCCUCGAGUUUUGCCGAUCUCUUCAACACCCAUCUCCUCCAUCCUAUCCUCACGAUCCAGUCCUUCCUACCUCUUCUCACAUCUAGAAUAACGCCCCAAGGAGAGACCACUGGAACACCCCGAGUCCUCGUCUUCACACCUUCUAUCAUCUCCUCGAUUAACCCUCCGUUCCACGCCCCCGAAGCAACCGUGUGCUCCGCCCUCUCCGCCUUUACGGAGGUUCUAACGGCGGAACUGAGCCCCCUCGCUAUCCCCGUAACGCACAUGCAACUCGGCACCUUCGACUUCGUGGGGUUCACGCCGGUCCGUGCAGGCCCCGCUGGAGCAAACGCAUCAACUCUUCCGACGACAGGUCUACACCCGCUGUUACCGCCGUCGCCGGUCGAGACGCUGCAGUGGCCGGAGUCCGCACGCAACGCAUACGGUCGUAACUUCAUGUCGCAGUCGUCGUCCGCCAUCUCAGCCGGCCGCAUCCGCGGACUACGCGGCAGCUCCCUGCGGGAACUGCAUAACACUGUGUUCGACGUGAUCGACGGUUCGAAUCAGAGCGACGUGGUGCGUGUAGGCCUCGGUGCCGGUCUCUAUGGGUUCGUCGGCCGCUGGGCUCCUCGUAGUCUAGUGGCGUGGAUGAUGGGAAUUCGCAAGGUGGAUGAGCUCAGCGCUUGGGAGGGAGGCGCGCGCCCGGAUAGUGCUAGCGGUAGCAGUGGCAGCGAGAAGAGCGCUGGGAGCGAGAUUGGCGAGGGCAGCGAGUUUAUUGCCGUUGCGAAGGAUCAUGAUGGGCAUAACGUCUGGAAAUCAUAGCAAUAUUGAGAAAUCUACAAGGGUCAAGGUUAGGUUAAGGGAAGGGUUAGGCGGUUUGCUUUUUGGCUGGCGUCGCGUCGUGAUGAUUGAUGAAUAGGACGACGGGAUUUACAAAGGCUGUACAUAUGGCAGGUGAUGAGACUGGAUGGCAUGGCCCCCUUCAAAUGCUUGGAUAUAUCUCGCUUCUCUUUUAAGUGGAUAGUGGCUUAUAUAACUUGUUUAGUUCACACGAAUGCAUAGAUGGUUUAUAACAAACUGGCAGUCUUGAUUGAUUGAUGUCAUUGGUAACGACUGCUUGAUUGCUAUAUUAGUAGUAUAUCUUGGGGGUAUCCUAGGUCCUCCCCUA